AUGUAUCAGAAUGGGGAUGCAGCCUCCACUUUGAGGAAGAACCCCACUGCGGCAAACCCCCUUCUGUGGCAGAAGGACUGUGUGAAGGGCCCUGAGGUGUGGUGCCAGAGCCUGCGGACGGCGUCGCAAUGCGGAGCUGUGAAGCACUGCCAGCAGACUGUUUGGAGCAAGCCUACUGUAAACAGCAUCCCCUGUGACUUGUGUAAGGAGCUUGUGACAGUGGCCGGCAAGGUUUUGAAGGACAACGGCACAGAGGAUGAGAUCCGCUCUUACUUGGAGAAGACAUGUGAGUUCCUUCCUGACCAAGGCCUUGUCUCUGAAUGCAAAGAAAUUGUGGAUUCCUACCUGCCAGUCAUCAUGGAUAUGAUCAAAGAAGAGCUAGACAAACCUGAAGUCGUAUGCAGUGCCCUUUCGUUGUGCCAAUCCCUUCAGAAGCACCUUGCAGCGGUGAAGCUUCAGAAGCAGCUCCAGUCCAACAAGAUACCAGAGCUGGACUUCUCUGAACUGGCAUCUCCCUUCAUGGCUAACGUGCCUCUUCUCCUGUACCCUCAGGACAAACCCAAGCAGGAGUCCAAGGGCACUGGCGAUGUCUGCAAGGACUGCAUUCAGCUCGUCACCGACGUCCAGGAGGCCGUGAGGACAAACUCCUCUUUUGUGAAGUCCUUAGUGGCUCACGCCAAGGAUGAGUGCGACCGCUUGGGACCUGGAAUGUCUGAUAUGUGCAAGAGUUACAUCUCUGAAUAUUCAGACUUGGCCAUCCAGAUGAUGAUGCACAUGAAGGAUCAGCAACCGAAGGACAUUUGUGCCAUGGUUGGGUUCUGUCCUUCCCUGAAAUCUGUUCCUCUUCAGAAGCUAGUGCCAGCUCAAGUGGUUCAUGAAGUAAAAAUGGAAACUGUGGAGAAAACAGCAGUUCAAGAGAAGACAUUUUCUGUGUGUGAAAUAUGUGAGACUGUGGUGAAGGAAGUGACUGGCCUGCUGGAGAGCAACAAGACAGAGGAGGAGAUUGUACACGAGAUGGAGGUGAUCUGCUACCUGUUCCCCAUGAGUGUCAAGGACCAGUGCAAAGACUUCAUAGAUGUCUAUGGCCAGGCGGUGAUUGACAUGCUUCUGGAAGCAACUAAUCCUGAGACUGUGUGCGUUAUGCUGAAGUGCUGUGCAAGCAACAAGCCUCCUCAGCCAGUUUUAGUGAAACCCGCGGGUGGCUUCUGUGAUGUCUGCAAGAUGGUGGUGGCUUAUGCAGACAAAGAACUGGAGAAGAAUGCCACGACAGCUGAGAUAGAGGCUUUGCUGGAGAAAGUCUGUCACUUCCUACCAGAGUCUGUCAGUGACCAGUGCGUUCAGUUCGUGGAGCAAUACGAGCCCGUGGUGGUGCAACUCCUGGCACAGAUGAUGGAUCCCACUUUCGUCUGCACUAAACUUGGAGUCUGUGCAACAGCUAAACAGCCUCUGCUGGGGGAUGAUGCUUGUGUCUGGGGUCCGGGUUACUGGUGUAAGAACAUGGAGACUGCUGCUCAGUGCAAUGCUGUCGAUCACUGCAAACGUCACGUGUGGAACUAAAAGAAGCAUUUCCAGUUCUGAAAGUCGCCGUGACGCCUG